AUGGCUGGCGACAAAACAUACGUGGAUAUCUCUCGGGCCAAGUGUGAACAGAGAGAUCGAUUCAUCAGAGACGAUUGGAGGAUCUCGAAGAAGCUGUCCCUAGGAAACAAUGUUACCCAAGUGCCCAAAACUUGUGGCAUACUUACCGAGCGAGAGAUCGGUAUCACGGAAGAUAAUGACGCCGUGGAUCUCGUCAAAAAGAUACGCCAGCAGGAAUACACUGCAGAGGAAGUCACCGUGGCCUUCUGCAAGCGUGCCGCCAUCGCACAACAGUUGACCAACUGCCUCACUGAGAUCUUCUUCGAAGAUGCAAUCGAAAGAGCUCGUCAACUCGACCAGGAACGCGCUAGUAACCCUUCAGCACCAUGGAAGCCUCUACAUGGGCUUCCAAUCUCGCUCAAAGACUCGUUCAACGUGCCAGGUCUUGAUUCGACUAUUGGCAUGACAUACUUUGCGAACAAGCCAGCUACCGAAUACUCAGCUCUACCGAAGUUGCUACUUGAUCUGGGAGCUGUGCUCUACUGCAAGACGAAUGUGCCACAGACCAUGAUGACAGCAGACUCGGACAACAACGUUUUUGGACGCACACUCAAUCCUUCGAACUUGAAGUUGACCGCAGGCGGCUCUUCAGGGGGUGAGGGGUCACUUAUCGCAAUGAGAGGCAGUGUACUGGGAAUCGGCACCGACAUUGCAGGCAGUAUCCGCAUUCCCAGCAUCUGCAACGGCAUCUACGGCGCCCGGCCCAGUUCUGGUAUCGUGCCUUUCGAUGGCCAGCAAUCACCAGAGGAUCCUGGAAUGCCCGGUAUCGAAGUCGUGGCUGGACCUAUGGCGACAUCGUCGAGAGCUUGCGCUUUCUUCAUGAAGACAAUCAUGAGCGCUCAAGCAUGGCGUUAUGACACGUCAUGCUUGCAUCUCCGCUGGCAGGGCCAUCAGAGCAGUCGCAAACCACGCAUAGGUCUUGUCCUCGAUGAUGGUGUCUACACACCAUUCCCGCCUGUACGCCGUACUAUCCGGGAGGCAGCACAGAAGCUACGAGAUGCAGGUCUAGACGUUGUGGAGUUGAGAUUGCCUCACGUUCCCGCUGCAGUGGGUAUAACGUAUGGCAUGUUUGCAGUUGACGGUUGCGAGUUUGUUCAGAAUCUCAUCAAAGAAGGCAAAGAGCCGGAAGUCGAAUCUGUCACGAGAGUCAAUCUUGCUGCUAUUCCCAAAAGCAGUCUGCAAGGUUAUAUGGACUUGACUGCUGGUAGACGUAAGCUACAGGCCGCAUACCACGAGUUCUGGUUCGAGAACGAACUGGAUGCUAUCAUACUGCCUGGAGCCCCUCAAACAGCGACACGCUUCGACGAAUGGGGUCCUAUCAGUUAUACUAUGCUCUGGAACUUCCUGGACUACCCUGCGACUAUCAUUCCCACUGGCAGAGUUCGCGAAUCUGAUGUCGCUGACGGAGACGACUCAGCGUUGUAUGGCGAACAAGACUUGAAAAACUACAAGCUAUAUGAUUCUCCUGAAACAUACAAGGAUGCACCAUUGUCUGUACAAGUCGUCGGAAUGAAGCAAGAGGAUGAAGCACUGGCAGAGAUUGUUGGUCUUGUGGAUAGCAUCCUCAAUCACUCAUGA